AAGAGUUAAGAUGCAGAUUCAGUUUCAGAUGCCAUCAAAGACAUGUAGGAUUUGUCCUAGUUAAAGUUCUCUGCUCUUGUGGAUGAGCAGGUUGCUUGCAAAGGUCACUCUUUCAGUCUACUGCAAACAUUUCUCAGCUGUUCCUUGCUCACAGGCUCAGAUAAGGAUUUUUGAAAGAAGACGGAACAAUUGGUAGCUAUCAGACUUUCCACAGUAAAAGAUAUGACAUUAAUCAACCCGUACCUCCCUGGCUUGCUUCUGUGGAUUAUACAGCUGUCUAGUUCCUUUGUGCUGGCCAGCGCUACUGAACUGCUGCAUCCUUCCAACAGUACUGAAAGUGAUCUCAUGUUUGGCACUGGGACUCCUAGAAACAGGCGGAAACGCUACAUAUCUUCCAGAGACAUGAGUGCCUUGUUGGACUAUCACAAUCAGGUGCGGUCCAAAGUGUUUCCUCCAGCUGCUAAUAUGGAAUACAUGGUAUGGGAUGAGCGAUUAGCCAGAUCUGCAGAGUCCUGGGCCAAGCAGUGCAAAUGGGACCACGGACCUAACAAGCUUUUGCGCCACGUGGGUCAAAAUCUUUCCAUCCAUUCUGGAAGGUAUAAAUCAAUCAUAGAUCUGGUAAAAGCUUGGCAUGAUGAAAAACAGCAUUACUCAUUUCCUUACCCACGAGAGUGUAACCCCAGCUGUCCAAGCAAAUGUAGCGGCUCAGUGUGCAGCCACUAUACACAGAUGGUGUGGGCAUCAUCAAAUAAAAUAGGCUGUGCCAUCAACACCUGCAAUAACAUCAAUGUAUGGGGAAGUACAUGGAGGCAAGCUGUCCUUUUGGUGUGCAAUUAUUCCAUAAAGGGCAAUUGGAUAGGAGAAGCUCCUUACAAGUUUGGAAAACCAUGCUCGGCUUGUCCGCCCAGCUAUGGAGGCGUGUGCAGCAAUAACAUGUGUUUCUCUGGUGUUAAAUCCAAUAAACUCAACUGGUUUUAGAUAAAUGAAUGAAUGCCAAGAUCAGUUAUUUUGUAAAAGUUAAAAGAUGAAUGGCUCCUCUGUGUUGGUGCAAGGUAAGCAGGUUGGAGCUGCAGUACAGACAGGCCACUACUUAUUAUUAUUUGAUAGCUGGAAUGUGCGGCCUAAUUGUGCAAUAGAAAAUGAUGGGGUGGGCAUGCUUUCUAUACAUUGCCUGCACCAUUGCUAUUGCUUCAGGCCUAUUUAAAACUGCUGUAUAAACUAUUAAGACAUAUCUUUGACUCCACAAAAUUACUAGUGAAUGUGGCUAUGUAACCAUAAAUCUACCCAUCGGAAAGAACAAACAUUUGUUACGAAGCUGCAGAUUUGGGAAUGUGCAACAUAAGUGCCAUUGUUUUUUCUGUUCUUUCAUCAAUACAUCAUGUUUCAAAUGUAUAAGCCUUACUCCAUUCAUAUGGAAAAGUACACAGAUUAGUACGUCCCAAAUGGGAAUAACUUCAGGAUGAUAAGAUUUUGCUUUUUUUUAUGGGAGAUUUUGGGUACAUUGCGGCGCUGUUUGUAAUGACGCAUUUAAUACUGCACUCAAAUACAUGCCGUGAAUAUUAUGCAUUUAGAGGGCUGUUCCCAAUUUAUUGGGUGCUUACACCUUCUAAAACCUGACAUUUAUAUAUACUGUACACCUCCAUAGAGCUUCUAGAGAUUGGCCACUGGUUGAAACUUACAGUUUCACCUAGCAACAUCUGCACAAGAAAGCACACAAUUGAAAACAUAAAAAAAUCGACAUAAUGUAACACAAAAAAUAAAGACAGUUCCAAUUUAUUUUUCCUUGUUAUAGGAGGAGAAAGCAAAAGAUGUCAUUGAUAAGGGAUAGCAGACGGGACAUUUCAAGUUUGUCCCUUUGCUGCAUACAGUUUAUCUAUCCUUUUGAAGUUUUUAUUUUGAAUGAAAUGCACAUUCUUUUCAUGGACCACAGCCUAUAAAUGGCCCCACAAACUAUCUGCACAGAGGCAUUUUCCAAAAACGGCGGUCAAACUGCCACACUUGCAUCACAAUUAUGUGUUGCACAUUCCACAUUUUUCUAAGUCAUAACCUACCUUUACGAUCACAGGCAAGUAGAGAGUAUCUUCCACGGUGUAUGUUUAAUUUCUUCCACAUAUAACCUCAAAAUUUGCUGACUUUUUUUAAUUUCAAAUUGUUUUUACUUGUUCUGUCAAAAUAUUGAGUAAUGACAUGUAAGCAAAACAGAUUAGAAACAUAAACUGAUAAUUUAUAUAUGUAUGUACUAAUCUUCACUGAAUAGAGUUAACUCAAUGUUGUGAGGUUCUCACACAUAAUUGAGCCAACUAAA